CCGUGAUUGGUCGGUGCACCGGCCCUCGCCAGGUUCCCGGAUGCCGGGGGGAGCCCGGGCUCAGUUGGUGGUAGCCCAGGCUCCGGCGUGACUGUCGCUCGCUCGGCUCUCGACGCUCGCGGCGGGAACAACCGCUACCCGGACGCUCGAUCAGGAGCAGUUCGGGCCACAGAGAAAGGGGCCGAGGAGUGCACACCUCCUGUGUCUCUCCACUCGAUGAAGACCAGUCCCGGAGGCGCGAGCCCAACUGCGCUCUCUGUCCGCAUGUGUCGCCGCCACUGAGAGGCCUCCGGCGUGGCGCGCUUGUCAACGCGGCGCGCCGGCCCGCAGCGAAUCGCGGGCAUUCCACUCAGGGUCUCAUUCGCUCCCCCAAUCCUGAGGUUCCUUCUAACGAGAAGGAGGAGCCACAGCGCCGGCUGCGGUACCGCCGCACGGGCCAACGUGAGACCGCCCGAGCCCGGCGCCCUGACUUAGGCCGCUGAGCGAAACCCAAGGCGGCGCGCUGGCCACUCCACGGGAACGAGACCGGCCCCCUGGAGACGACAUCGUCGACCACAAUGAACUACUUCUCUGACGUGGCGAAGAUGGUGGCUUCAUCGAAGAGAGAAAUCAUCGAAGCUUUCCACGCGACAUCUGGAGUACACGGCGCAUGCGAAUGAGCGAACACCGCUGACCGAGACUCGCCCGUCACCAUGAGCGUACAUUCAUGGCGCUUUUGUGUCCCACUAGUGGCUCUAGCGUUUUUCUUGUUGAUUCUUCUGUCGUGUCCAUCGGCAUGGGCCGAAACGCUGCCUACGCCACCAACCCGUGGCCAGGGGGGCGUUCCGGUCGCGGCCGCGAUGCUCCUGAGGAAACAGCAAAGUUCCCGCUACCAAGAUAAAGAGGGCAAGGCAAAUUUCCGCGCUAUAGAAAAGCGGAUAUUGGACAGCAUCAUUGGCCAGGGUCGUUAUGACUGCAGGAUCCGGCCCAUGGGAAUUAACAACACAGACGGGCCGGCUCUUGUACGCGUUAACAUCUUUGUAAGAAGUAUCAGCAGAAUUGAUGACGUCACCAUGGAGUACACAGUGCAAAUGACGUUCAGAGAGCAGUGGCGGGACGAGAGACUCCAGUACGACGAUUUGGGCGGCCAGGUUCGCUACCUGACGCUCACCGAACCGGACAAGCUUUGGAAGCCGGACCUGUUUUUCUCCAACGAGAAAGAGGGACACUUCCACAACAUCAUCAUGCCCAACGUGCUUCUACGCAUACAUCCCAACGGCGACGUUCUCUUCAGCAUCAGAAUAUCCUUGGUGCUUUCAUGUCCAAUGAACCUGAAAUUUUAUCCUUUGGAUAAACAAAUCUGCUCUAUCGUCAUGGUGAGCUAUGGGUACACAACAGAGGACCUGGUGUUCCUAUGGAAAGAGGGGGAUCCUGUACAGGUCACAAAAAAUCUCCACUUGCCACGUUUCACGCUGGAAAGGUUCCAAACCGACUACUGCACCAGUCGGACCAACACUGGCGAGUACAGCUGCUUGCGCGUGGACCUGGUGUUCAAGCGCGAGUUCAGCUACUACCUGAUCCAGAUCUACAUCCCGUGCUGCAUGCUGGUCAUCGUGUCCUGGGUGUCGUUCUGGCUCGACCCCACCUCGAUCCCGGCGCGAGUGUCGCUGGGCGUCACCACCCUGCUCACCAUGGCCACGCAGAUAUCGGGCAUCAACGCCUCGCUGCCUCCCGUUUCCUACACCAAGGCCAUUGACGUGUGGACCGGCGUCUGUCUGACCUUCGUAUUCGGCGCGCUCCUCGAGUUCGCCCUGGUCAACUACGCCUCGCGGUCAGAUUCACACCGGCAGAACAUGCAGAAGCAGAAGCAGAGGAAAUGGGAGCUCGAGCCGCCCCUGGACUCGGACCACCUGGAGGACGGCGCCACCACGUUCGCCAUGGUGAGCUCCGGCGAGCCGGCGGGCCUCAUGGCGCGAACCUGGCCACCACCGCCGCUGCCGCCAAACAUGGCGGCCGGCUCCGCGCAAGCCGGCGCCAGGCCGCUGGUGCACCACCACGGAGAGCUGCAUGCCGACAAGUUGCGGCAGUGCGAAGUCCACAUGAAGACCCCCAAGACGAACCUUUGCAAGGCCUGGCUUUCCAAGUUUCCCACGCGAUCCAAACGCAUCGACGUCGUCUCGCGGAUCUUCUUUCCGCUCAUGUUCGCCCUCUUCAACCUCGUCUACUGGACAACCUACCUCUUCCGGGAAGACAAGGAAGACGAGUGACAGAACACGAACGCCACGACAGCCGCCAUCCGACACCAUCGUCACUGCAGGCACGCACUCUGUCGCGCGCACACACCACGAAGACCGGCGCGCCAACGCACGAUGCGCGUUGGCCGCUGAAAAAACCCGGGAGUGGGGCGGUGGGGGAGGCUAUGCCCCGGCCCCUCGCUCCUCAUCCUCCGUGCACGCUCGAAUCGUCAUCGCCACAGCCAGAAAAAAAAUACAAAGAUACCAAAGAUACCGUGCGAAAAGUGGCGGCAACGCAACGUCGACGCCACCAGCGCCGCCGAGAGCUGCAAGCGGCUCCCACAUGGUUGCCACCGCAGCUUCCUCUACGACCCUUCAUCCCCACCGGCACCAGCUACGAGAAAGGGACCUUAUUUCGGGCCAUCCCUACACAGGCGACUGUUGUUUUCGCACGAAAGAUCUUUACGCAGCUGAUGCUGAAAUGAAAAAAAAUAUAGUGGGGGAGGAAUGAGAGUGUAAGAGCGUGACAAGAAACGUGUAAGCAAAAAAAGUUGUCGUUGACGAGAUGUUAUGUCCUAUUACCGUACAAUUGGUUGUUGCAUUCAGAGUUUUGUGUAUACGAGAAGAGUUUAUACGUGGACUGUUUGCUCGAACGUAUUCGUACCUCUCGUGUGUGCCACGCGUCGGUCUGCUUCUCGAACCGCAGCUGUCACUCCCGCUGAAGAAACACAAUACCUGGGCACCUUGAGAGCUUGGUGCGUUCGUUAUUUCGCCCUUACGGAUGCGGUCGCAUCGUUAGGCUCCCGUAUUUAAUCGGCGUAAUACUCAGCCCACACCGGCGUUUACAUGCCGAGCCGCUAAUGGGGUAAAGGCGCGGUUGAGUGUCGGAAACUACGGACAGAGGCAGACCCUUUUGGUCACACACGAGAAGAAUGUCUUCGGGCAGGCGCCGAGGAUCAUGCGUAUCGUAAAUGAAGUUACCGCGAUCCAUAACAGUGUAAGAACUUCUCCCAAAGUCGUAGUGAUUGAUCUAGCUAGUCAGAGCGUACGUAGGGAUGCGGAGAGUGUGUUCUUUGACGCUUGCAUAUCCAACCCCUUGUCCCCGUGCGUACCCUACCCUAAUUCUUCUCCUCCCUUAAUUAAGCAAGCUGACUGUCACUAUAGAGGGUUCAAGUGUUUAUACCGCGUGUUUCUAGAAAGACAGGAAGCUUACGUACGUUCUCAGUGUCGAAAACAAUGUUUUAAUUUCUGCAACGCUCUAAUGGUAGUGCCGUCCCAAACAGGAAAAAAAAAAAGAAACGUCGUCGCCAUGUAUAGCGACGCACCGCGAACUUCGUCGCGCUCUCUGUUUUGCUUCGGGAACCUUCACUGAGAUGUGAUCAGCCUUUGUUUCGAGUGGAGCAGCGAUGCUGUAACAUUGUGGGGCUUGGAAUGUUGACGCGUCAACUGCAAAAAGGACCACGGCGAAAGCGGUGUGCGCACGAGGCGUUUUAAGUUGUGUCACUUGCGUGAAUGACGUGUAAGCACUCUUGUUGACGGUGUGUACGUUGAUAUUCUUCUCGUGUCUCUUCAUGGUGUUCGUUGUGGGGGAAAGGAGUCCGGGCACCGGCUCCUUUCCCGGACUCUGGGCUGCAUAAGCUCUCGCGACACUUCACUGUGUACCUCUGAGCAGUGCCUCAGUUCGGCUUCGACUCUUUGUCUCUUUCUCUCUCUCUCUCCUUUUUUAUGUGAACGCCGAGGAAACGUAGGCCACCGCUACGGGUCGACGUCGUCGACUCGCUUGUGUUUUGUGUACGCGCGCGCUCCGCCGAGUCUUCCACCGUGUGUGUGAUGGCUGUGGAGGGCCCCAGCGGGGGAACUCUGGAAUGGGGUGUCUGUGGGGGAGGGGCUACAGAGACUACCGUUUAUCCCGAUUGUCCUUACCGCGAGGCGUCGCAGCCAGCUCGUGGCCGCGAAGUCUCGUGGGCAACAACUUAACGCCCCUAUCUGUUUUCUUUUCGCCACUAAAUACGUGCUGUUCAGGCGCGUCACUCGAAAGCGAAGGACGGAGCGCACUAGUGUCCACCCACUUGCGACUUUUGGGAGUGACUGAACCGGCGUCAUUGCGACGCCGUAAGUUGACUGAAAUCGAGAGUGCCGCUAUGAAAGAGCUGUGAAACGGGGUUGUUUCGCGCAUACGUAGCGUUACAUCGGCCCGAGUUUGUGUUACAUUCACUUGCCCCGACGCUACGAAACUCUAGGAUUCGCUGUGUGCGGCUUGACCAGUAGGAAGUGAUUGGCAUAAGAAAGACAACGAGCUCGAACGUUCGGUGAAUAAGGCCUCGACUACCGGGCAUAUAGCUAAGGCACCCACGGAAACGGCCGUAGGAGGAUGAUUCGUGCAGCCUCUUUACAAAUGGCAACAUAUCGCGACAUUUAUGUCCGACACAUACGGUGGAAAACGUGUUGCUCGGCGGCCCCGGCUAUGCGCGAGGCCAACGACAGGGUCGCUGCCUCAAUACACCGGCGAAAAAAAAAACUGUUGCUUCCAAGCCUAUCGUCUAGGCAAGUCCUUCACGAGGCUACCCACUUGAAAGUAGCUACACCGCGUAACUAUACACACUGAGCCCCUUUACCCUCGAAGGUUCGUAUUCGUCGCUUUACCGUUAUACCGUAAAAGCGGUGCUUGUUUGUGCACUUUUGAGUUAAAAAGCGCCUUCGCACCGGGACCCCGCUAGGUGUCGCCCUUUGACAUCCCAACUCACUUACACUGAAAAGCGUAAACGGGAAACAUGGCGAGCCAGGCCUUCGGAAACGAAGGGCGACACCGAUGCGACGCGUUGUCCCGUACGUGCGGAGGACACUUUGCGAAAAAACAGAUCAAGAAGCGUGCAUCUAUGCAUGUAUAUAGCAUGCACGUGGACACGCCGGUGUACACAGGCGUAUACAGGUGUUUGUUUGUAAAGCGCGGGGCACAAGGUUAAACCCUGUUGCUCGUUCUUCUCGUCUCGGUUGAAAUUGCCACGCGAAGUGUUGUGCUCUGAAAUGUUCUGUCAUUUUGGGGAAAUAGCGUCCACGAAAUGUCCCACUGAGACUAAUAAACGCAGACAAGUUUGCUCAAAAUUAAUAUAAUGACACCUGGGCAUACAGUUCGUGCUAAUCGCUUCUGUAGUCCAUUCGUAAUUCUUCCAGUCAGUUGUCACUGAUAGCUCAACAGUUAACAUACGCGACAUUGUGACUGAUAGUCAGUGUUCACCUGAAGCUAUUCGUUUAAGUGGAAGGACCGUGAGCAGCUCUUUCAGAAAGAAACGAAGAAUCAUGCGCAGUUUUGCCGAAAUUAGGUCAACUAGAUCGUAAGUUUCUAUGCCCCUACUACACGAGCUGUCGCCAAGCAGGCUAACUUACACAUCGUUUACAAUACGGUCACCAGCUAAAAGACGCUAUUUCCGAGAUAAAUUCAGAGCCCAAAGCGCGAGUUAUCUUUCUUCAGAUAUUUAAAGAGCCACGUGGCAUUGCAUCCUUUAUCGGUGUACAUAAAAGUGACGUUAACAUUUUUUGGUGAAUCGUGUGUACUCUUGUACUUCGUCUCGACACGAGCGAGUACGCUCACCGACAGUUAAGGAGACUUACGUUUAGGGAAGCAGAAAAGAAAGUCUGUACUUCGUAUCGCAGGGUCCACAGUCACCGUUGUACAUAGAUGCGUAGAUCGGUGUGUGCUUACGUCAGUGUUUGUCGUAUAAACUUAUUUCGCUGUACAUAUGUUUCAAGUGUUUCAUAGUGAGUUGGUGUUUUCUUACGUGCACCUGAAACUGUCUGUCAAAAAAAAAGUGUGGUCAAAGUGAACGUUUGUUGUUUGCCAGGCAGAAGGCGUAUGCUCGUUGCCCAUGUAUUCAUCUUCCUAAAGUACGAAUUUAGGCGACUUAAUCCCGUUGGACAAGAAAAUCUCAUCAUCCAAGAUAAAUUCCUAGUUGGUAAACUUGAAUGAUCAAGAGAGUCGUCUGCCUACAAAAGCUGUAACGCCGUCAAACAAGAAAACGCUGAUUAGAUGAAGCUCAAGACUAAAUUUACGGCUCAGUUUUAGCUUCGAAGUAAGACAUCGAUCGAUUGAUUGACGCUUAGACAAAAUCAGUGCUGCUGUGUGAGCGUUAAUCCCGCCAUUUAAAGGUAGUACGAGACAAAACAAAUUAACAAGGAUGUUUAGACUUCAUUUCGGAAACCCACGGGUGACAGCACGCGGUCUUGCGCCUGCUUGCGCUGUUAUUUUGGGUGCGAACAAGCGGUAGCAAGCGUUAAGUCUGAUGUUAGGGCCGCCGUUGUGCUCUUUUGCCUGUUGGGCUGAUUCCGAAAGAAUGCACUGUACCAAAGGCUGUUCACAUCUCAGUGUCAGUUUGUGUACCGUACGAGAAGCACGGUUCUCGCCGAGCUCACGUUGUUGUCGAGUUAUUCUGUGUUUUGGGUUGUUCUUCUUCAUCCUUUUUCACGACUGUGUUCGAGUUGAAAAAAAAUGUGGCUUUCGUGUCUGCACCCACGCACCGCCCCAGUGCUGAGUGUUACAUCGGAGUCAGUGCAGUAUCUCUCCCCAGUAGGUCAUGCAUGAUUUUGCGUCACCGAGUUUGAAUAACGCUUCUGUGGAAGAAUCAAAAAACGACGACGAAGCACGCGGAAUCGAAGUGUUUCUCUUGUACAGUCUGAGUUGGUCCCCCCUGUUUCUAGCAUGUACACGCGCGGUCAGCACGCAGAUAUUCUAUCGACAAAACAUGGCUACUGUUAAUAAUAAAAAAACCAAAGCAAACACCGAUUUCGUUAUCUAUAUCUCCCCCUAUAGGCAUAAAUAGCGUCGAGUGUAACUAUACCAGAGUUCUUUUUUGGGCGGCGAAAGUUCUCGCCGUGAACUCCACUGGAUCUGUGACGUACAUAGAUACAUAAUUUGUUAGGUGCAAGCAAAACAUUCUGACGUAUAACUAAAUAAGAAAAAAACGUUCGCUUUAUCGAGUGACAUGAAUGCUCAAUGAAGGAAGUUUGCUGCUCA